AUGAAAAGUAAAGAUUUACCGAAAACAAGCAAAUUAUUAGGAUUACAACCGCGAAUUGAUGAAAAUGGAUUAAUAAGAUGCGAUGGACGUUUAGAGUUCGCCGAUUUUCUAUCAUUCGAUGCAAGAUAUCCGAUUAUAUUACCACGAAAGAAUUGGGUCACGAAGCUUAUUGUGAAACGCUAUAUCGAACUUGGAAAACAUGUUAGUGGGACAAAUCAAAUAUUUUCAGCAUUAUUGUCACGAUUUUGGAUUAUUUCAGGGAGAGAAGAAAUAAGAGAAUAUGAAUAUGAGUGCUAUUCGUGUCGUAAGAAGAAAGCUAAAGUUGCCGAGCAAGUGAUGCUUCCAUUACCGGAAAUUCGUUUCAAAACACCUUUACAUGCUUUCGCUCGUACAGCAGUUGAUUUUGGUGGUCCGUUCAUAACAGUUCAGGGCAGAGGAAAACGCCGUCAGAAAAGAUACUUAUGUCUAUUUACAUGUUUAGCGUCACGCGGAGUGCAUUUGGAAGUAGCAUUUGGAUUAGAUACGGACUCAUUUCUUAACGCAUUUUAUCGGAUGGUGAACAGGCGAGGUCUUCCGAAAGAGAUAAUUCCAGACAAUGGAACUAAUUUUGUUGGAGCAAAUAGAGAACUGAAAGAACUAGUUGCGCUAUUAGACAAGGAUAAAAUACAAAAUUCAAUUAGUAACCAAGGAAUUAAGUGGCAUUUCAACCCACCGUUAGCUCCGCAUUUUGGUGGUAUUCACGAGGCAAUGAUAAAAUCGGCAAAAAGGGCUAUUUAUGCAAUAUUAGGAAAUGCAGACAUUAAUGAUGAGGAGCUUUUAACAGCAUUUACCGGAGCUGAAGCACUGAUAAAUUCGAGACCGCUUACGUACCAGUCUGCCGAUCCGAAAGAUGAUACACCUUUAACACCGAAUCACUUCUUGCACGGACAAUUAGGUGGCCAUUUCGCUCCAGAAACCGUUGAUAUUACUAAUUUUAACCCGAGAAAACGAUGGAGAAGAAUUCAGGAAUUAAUUAGACAUUUUUGGAAACGUUGGAUUAGAGAAUGUAUGCCAGGACUUAACAAACGCGACAAGUGGACUAAAACGAAAAGGGACAUAAAAACCGAUGAUAUUGUACUGGUGAUGGAUCCGAACGUUCAGAGAGGACAUUGGCCGCUUGGCAGAAUAAUCGAAGUUUUCCCUGGCAAAGAUGGGCAUGUUCGAGUUGCAAACGUUUCACUUGGACAAACUGUAUUAAUGAGACCAAUUACAAAACUGUUUCCAUUAGAUAUCGAAACCUCCGAAAAUGACAGUGAUAAAUAA